AACUGCAACCUCUCUGCCACCAUUCAGCCUCAGCUCUGACCGAACACUGCUGCUAUCACUAGCAGUCAUUGCUAAUACUCGUCUGCCUGUAUUAUUCUUUUCUAAUAACACCUUGAGAGAAUUAUCAAUAUUACAUCCAGAGCAUUAUUUUGGUCCUCGUUUGGACAACUUGCUGUACUUUUACGCAUGGCAGCAUCGGUGACAUUCCAGGAGUGACAACUGUACGGACCGGAAGCCUGAACGUGCGACGCCAACCCUUGAUUUUGUAAUUGUCUAUAAAUACAUUUAGCUGUCUGCAGCCCUCGUCUGCUGAAGACAUGUUUUCCAAAGCCACUGCCAACUUCGUCCGUCAGGUUGACCCCGAAGGAAGCCUCAUCCACGUGUCCCGAGUAAACGACUCAAAAAAACUGGUUCCCAUGGCAGUGGUCGUCAAACGCAACCGCAUCUGGUUCUGGCAGCGCCCAAAGUACCAGCCGACAGCUUUCACCCUCAGCGACUUGCUGCAAGGCGACAAUGACCUCAGUCCUGGAAUGUCCGAGGAAGAUUUCCUGACCUACAAAGGGACGUUUAAAGACGAAGUCUCCGGACACCUGGACACCGAAGCUGCCAUUGGCGGCCUGACAGUGGAGAGCCGGGGCUCCUCCAUGCUCCAUUCAUGUUUUGGAAAGCUGAAGAAAGAGGAACUGGUGGUGAAGAAGCUGUUACUAGACUCCAGCGGCAGGCUGAUGGACAUGCAGAACACGCUGGUGAAGCAGCUGGAGAAGCAAUCGGAGGUGCUGGCAGUGGUAAAGGAGAGGAUCCUCACCACCAACACCUGCUCCAUCACCCAGACGAAAACAGAGCAGUGCACCUUCAAGGGGAUGCUCGGGCUCAUGGGCAUGCUGGGGAAACCUGUUAAGACGUGUGUGAAGAAUAACAGCGACAUUGAGGCGGACAGCGACGUUUCCUUGGAGAUCCCCUCUGGUACAGUCAUUGCGUACAGCAUUCUGGAACUGGACAUUAAAAAAAAUGGACAAUAUGAUAUAUGUCUACAACCUGGCACAAUAGGAGGCAUUGAGGCGGACUCACACGGGUCCUUGCUAUCCCAUGAUUCCUUGGAUACGGUGGAUGGCAAGUGCAAUGGAUCCCAGGAGAUGGAUCUUUCUCCUCUGGCAGAGCUCCCCCAGUCCACUCGAUAUGCAGUGUUCAAGAGACUCCAAGAGACUCUGAGGGACAGAAGUGCUCUGUCAUAUAUGGAGUGUUUGCUGGAGGAGUUCUGCAGUGGUGAAACUCUCAAUAUGGACGAACACGAGGAGCUGUCGGUCGUACUGGACCAACUCGGCCUAGACAGUCAAGCUGAGACCAGCCAGUGUGGUCUUCAUGCCCACCUAAAUGCAGCUCACCUGUUGGUCAGUGCCAUGGAAGCGUUGCCCGAUGAAACUCUGAGCCUCUUGAGUGAGAGCCGUCCUGAUUUCCUGGAGGCCUUCGACACCUUGAUGUGGAGUUUAAGGAAGAGCAGCGAGCCUCUCUCUGUACAGUGUCUUCCCGCCCCCCUGCAGGACAACCAGGCCUUCCAACUGGCAGAACAGCUGUUCAGCUCCACCAAUGUGACGCUGAAGAGAGACAGCAACGGGUUGUGGAUGGAGACGGUAAAUGAAUCAGGAGUUCUCCCAUUGGUCCUCUGUCUCAGCAUACAGGGAUUGUCCCUGCUGUGCAAAGGGCAAGAGUAAUAGUAGUGUCUGCAUGUGCAAUUUGUGGAUUAUAUUCUGUCUGUUUCUUUCUUUAUUGUCAAGUUUAUUGGGACUAAGUUAAGCAUAAAGUCUUUAUAUUAUUAUUAUUAUUAUUAUUAUUGAUUUAUUGAUUAUCAUAUUAUUUUCUAUUUUUACAGUAUCAUACAGAUAUUUUCCUACAUACAUUUUAUUGCUUCAUAUUUUUGUAGAAGGAAAGAAAGAAAGAAGGAAAUAUAUAUAUUAUGUGAUGAAUUAUUUGGUGCAGCUCUGACUCUGUCUAUGGUUCAUAGAUGUGUCUCACUCUUUUAUAGCUUGUAAACCAUUUUUGAGGUUAUUGCUUUAUCAUGCACCUUUACAUACAUUUGUCCAACAAAUUAUAUUAUUUUUUUGUAUAAAGUUUUAUUAUUUUAUUUAUGAAUGUUCUAGCUCACUAUGAAAAAUUGUCUUGUUCAUGAAUGGGUUGAGAAAAUUCAGUGACCCCCCCAGAUCCACUGCAUCUAUUGAGAAUGUGUAGUGGAUGGAUUUUUUACCUAAAGACAUUUUAACAUGGAUGGUAAAUUUCAAGUUUUUCAAUUAGCAGCAAAAUAAAAUGUGAUGCAUGCCGAUGGUGUACAAAAUUGAUCAAAUGUAUUCAUGUAUGCAGUAUAAUGACAACUGUGUUGCACGCCUAUUCUUGCUUUCAUUUUAAAAUGCAUUUUAUUGCUGCCACUGUUCCUAUUUAAAAUAUUUGAUAUUAAACUAUUUUAUUUAUCAAUAAACCAUAUAUUUAACAUUCCCUGAAAUACUGCCGUUUAAUCCUAAAAGCUACAAUAUAUUAAAAUGCAGUAUUUGUAGCUAUGAAGUUUUACGAAGCUGCCUUUGCCUUGCCACUUUCUUAUUUGUCUGUUGAUUAGAAAAAAAUGGUUUUACUUUAUAAUAUAUAAAUAUAUUUGAAAAAAGUC